AUGGUCGGUGGCGACGUAGUGGCUGUUGGCGACGUAGUGGUCGGUGGUGCCGUAGUGGUCGAUGGCUACGUAGUGGCUGGUGGCGACGUAGUGGCUGGUGGCUGCGUAGUGACUGGUGGCUGCGUAGUGGCUGUUGGCUACAAGGUGGCCGCUGGCGACGUAGUGGUCGGUGGUGACGUAGUGGUCGGUGGUGACGUAGUGAUCGGUGGCGAGUUAGUAGUCGGUGUAGUGGUUGGUAGCCGCGUAGUGGUCGGUGGUGACGUAGUGGUCGGUGGCUGUGUAGUUACUGGUGGCGACGAAGUGGUCGGUGGCGAGUUAGUGGUCGUUGGCGGUGUAGUGGUUGGUGGCCGAGUAGUGGUCGGUGGCGACGUAGUGGUCAGUGGCGGUGUAGUGGUCGGUGGCGACGUAGUGGUCGGAAGCGACGUAGUGGUCGGUGGCGACGUAGUGGUCGGUGGCUGCGUAGUGGCUGGUGGUGACGUAGUGGUCGGUGGUGACGUAGUGGCUGGUGACGACGUAGUGGUCGGUGGUGACGUAGUGGUUUAUGACGUUGUCCCGAUUGUUGUAACUCCCGCGAGGAUGUCGUUCACUGCCCUGUCAGUGCCCUUAAAGCUUAGAUGA